AUGAAUCGGAGUUUUAGUAGAUCUCAGUCCUUGCACAGCUGGUCGGUCGCCGAGGUAAAAUCUAAAUAUGGUGCAGAAUUUAGGAGGUUUUCCCUUGAUCGCCUUGAGCCUGGGAAGUUUGAAGAGUUUAACCGACUGCUACUGCGUUUGCACCACCUGAGCGGCAGCGAGGUCCUCAUCAGUUAUGCAGAUGUCCAUGGAGAAUUACUGCCUAUUAAUAACGAUGAUAAUUUCCACAAAGCCGUGUCAAGUGCGCAACCCCUGUUACGCAUCUUCCUCCAGAGGAAAGAAGAAUUUGACCGAAGCAGUCUUACAGUGGACAGUAUGGCAAGACGAAAGAAACCAGCGGUUGCUUUACGGGGCGAUAUCCAACGCAGAAGGCCACACAUUCAGAUUAGCAUGCCACAGGACUUUCGCCCGGUAUCUUCUAUCAUCGACGUUGACAUCAUACCAGAAUGCCACCGCAGGGUUCGUCUGUACCGCCAGGGUUCAGAUAAGCCUCUGGGCUUCUACAUCCGUGAUGGCACUACUGUCAGGGUCACCCCUCAAGGUGUGGAGAAAGUGCCUGGAAUUUUCAUUUCCCGCAUGGUGCCAGGUGGACUGGCUGAGAGUACAGGGCUUCUGGCUAUCAAUGACCAGGUCCUAGAAGUGAAUGGUAUUGAGGUGACAGGCAAGUCUCUUGACCAAGUGACAGACAUGAUGAUUGCCAAUAGCCACAAUCUCAUAAUUACAGUGAAACCUGUGAAUCAGCAUAACAACAUUGUACGUCACAGCUAUACUUCUAGUAGGUCAAGCCAUUUGGCAGACAGUAGAGAUUAUUUAAAUUACCCAGGACUACCUACAAUCUUGGGAACUCGUGGAUGGACUGGAGAUGAAUUUGAAAGCGAUGAAGAUUCAGAUAUAGUCAUCGAGAGACCCAUCAAAAAGUCGUCUCAUCUCUCCAAUGCUUUAGUUACUUGCAGUUCAUCUCAUUCAAGGGUUCACACCCGCUACGGGCCACCCAACCUCGGCCAACGUCCACACUCAGUUAUAGCUACACCUUCUUAUCACUCACAACCCUGUCUCAACCACACCUCACACACCAGCCAAAGCAACACACAGCACAGAGAACACAUUCUCCAGCAGCAUUAUGGUAGUAGCCCUAACUUCAGACAGAGUAGUGCCAGUAUGCGGGACCUCCUUCAUACAUUGCGGACAGACCUGCGCCAUCACUUGACCAUGCCCGAGGGAGGAAUGGAGGAUGAUGGAAUGGUAUUCAUUGUGUGA